CCCGCCAGGACACCACCGGAAGUCCCGUCCUUCCGUGUUGUGAACGGCAGCCCAGAAGGGUCAACCCGCGGCCGGCGCUUUCUCGGAAUGGCAGCCCCGUCCAUGAAGGAAAGGCAGGUGUGCUGGGGCGCGCGCGACCUGUACUGGCGGUGUCUCGACGACAACGCGGAGGACGCGGCUCGGUGCCAGCAGCUGAGGAGCUCGUUCGAGGCCAGCUGCCCCCAGCAGUGGAUAAAAUAUUUUGACAAAAGAAGAGACUACUUAAAAUUCAAAGAAAAAUUUGAAGCAGGAGAUUUCCAGCCUUCACGGUCCACUGAAAAUUCCUAGGCGCUGCCCGGACUUUCACACAGGUGGAAAUGAUUCUUCUGGACUUACAGAAAUGCUUUGCUGGUUCCAGGACAAAAGGAGUCUGACCCACAAUUACAUAUCAGCACUUGUUCUCUGUGAAUAACAAUUACUAAAAGGGUCAAGUAGAAGAUCUCAUCAUUCAAACUGUGAAGGACUGAAUGGUAUUAAGUGUGUUGCUUUAAUUUAGUGAGUUAUCUAUUUUAAGAAAAAAUUAAAGCUUAUUAUAAAAAUA